AUGAAACACCAUGCAUUUGAAACUAUGGAUCAAAUUUUAUAUGAUCUUAUAAAAGCUAUAGACAAAACUCUAGAAAACAAACUAUUCAAAGAUAAAGUUGUAUUGUUAGAAGUAACUUUUGGCAAAUUCUUCUGGUGCUAA